UCCAACUCUGUGUAAAACUCUGUGUAAACCCUCGCCUGGCUCUGGCCUAAAGCGUCACUCCUGCGCCCCUUGCUGUAUGCGCACCGUGACUGUGUAACAUGCAAGCCAUUGAUCCCAAGGCGAGUUCUCCUGCCUUCCUUCAGCCUCAGAAUGGAAGCAGUCAUAAAUCUUCAGGAUAUGUCCCGGGAAGAAUUGUUGUCCCUUUUCGUCCUCCACCCCCUCCAAAGAGCCAAGCUUCAGCCAAAUUUACUUCUGCGAGACAGGAAGCUCGUGCCACAGUAGCCUCCUCAGAUGAACAGCGAUGUCAAGCAGAAGCAAGCAGGAAAAAAAGACACAAAAAUACACUCAUUUGUUUUGCCAUCUCUAGCUUUUCAUUUUUUGUUGCACUCGCAGUUAUUUUGGGGAUAGCAUCAAAAUACGCUCCUGAUGAGAAUUGCCCGGAUCAGAAUCCUCGCCUUAAGAACUGGAAUCCUGGAUACGAUAGAGAAAAGAAAGUCAUAAUCAAACAAGGAGAUCUGUUUCGUCUGAAUGGGGAUGCUACAGUGCACUCUAUAGUUAUACAGGAUGGAGGAUUACUAGUCUUCAGUGAUGACAAACAAGGAUCCAGAAAUAUUACACUACGAACACGUUUUAUCCUGAUAAAGGAUGGUGGAGCGCUUCAUAUUGGAGCAGAGAAAUGCCGCUAUAAAUCCAAAGCAACUAUAAUCUUGUAUGGUAAACUGGAAGAAGGUGAUUAUGUGCCAACAUUUGGCAAAAAGUUUCUGGGCGUGGGCCCUGGUGGAACACUGGAACUGCAUGGAACUCGGAAGUUGUCAUGGACUUCUCUGUCAAAGACUCUGCAUUCCUCAGGACUUGCCUCUGGCUCAUAUACCUUUGAGAAGGAGUUUUCCAGAGGCCUAAAUGUGAGGGUUAUUGACCAAGAUACUGCACAAGUUUUGUUGACAGAUAAAUUUGAUACUCAUGAAUCUCAAAAUGAAAGCAGAAGACUUCAGGAUUUUCUAAAAGGCCUAGAUGUUGGUCGCAUUGUUGCUGUCGCUGUAGGAGAUUCAGCUGCUAAAAGCUUACUGGAUGAAACCAGAACAACCAUACAGAAUCUUCUGGGAAGUAAGCUCAUCAAAGGAUUAAGUUAUAGGCAAGCCUGGGCUAUAGUUGGUGUAAUUGGGGAUGGAGAUUGUAAUGAAUCUCUGAGAGACUAUGAGAACCACAACACAAGAGGGAGAGCUCUUGCACAACGGGAAUUCUUCACAAUAGAUGGUCAAAAGUUUGCUGUGAGAGCUUUCAGUGAAUGGGUCGAUGGUGUCCAGAAGUCAGGUUUCCAGGUUGAAGUAGUCCAUGGAGUCAUGCUGGAUCUUUUGGAAGAUGUUAGUACUUGGAAAGCUGAAGACCAGAUCGUUGUUGCAAGCACUGAUUAUUCAAUGCAUCAGGCAGAAGAAUUCACACUCCUUCCCUGUCCAGAAUGCAACAGAUUUCAAGUCAAAGUUAGAGAAACUCCUCAGUUCCAUCAUACAGGAGAAAUUAUUGAUGGAGUAGACAUGAGAGCAGAGGUUGGAGUUCUCACCAGGAACAUCUUAGUUAAGGGAGAAACAGAAGAUUCCUGCUACACUAGCAAGGACUGCCAGUUCUUCAAUUAUGAUACUUUUGGUGGACAUAUCAAGAUUGUGAAGAAUUUCACAUCUGUACAUCUUUCCUACGUGGAACUCAAAGAAAUGGGUCAACAAGUGCAAGGAUCUUACUCUGUUCACUUUCACCUCUGUGGAGAUGUAGAUGAGAAAGGAGGGUACAGCUAUAAGACUUAUCUAGAUGGUCUCUCAAUUCAUCACUCAUUCUCCAGAUGUGUGGCCAUUCAUGCAACAAAUGGCUUGUUGAUAAAAGACACCAUUGGCUAUGAUACACUAGGCCAUUGUUUUUUCAUGGAGGACGGCAUUGAACAGAGGAACACACUGUUUCAUAAUCUAGGGCUGGUCACCAAACCAGGCACGCUGCUUCCCACAGACAGGAAUAGCACAAUGUGCCUGGCUAUCAGGGAUCGAGUGUAUGGAAAAUACUUGCCAGUGCCGGCCACAGACUGCAUGGCUGUUUCAACCUUUUGGAUUGCUCAUCCCAACAAUCACCUUAUAAAUAAUGUAGCUGCAGGCUCGCAGGAUGCUGGAAUAUGGUAUUUAUUUCACAAGGUGCCCACAGGAGAAUCUCAUGGAUUGUUUCCUGAAACCAAAGCUGAACUCACACCACUAGGAAUUUUCUAUAACAACAAGGUUCAUUCCAAUUUUAAGGCUGGUUUAUUAAUUGAUAAAGGUGUCAAAACCACCAACGCGAGUGCUGAAGACCCAAGGGAGUAUCUCUGUUUGGACAACAAUGCAAGGUUCCGGCCCCAUCAAGAUGCAGAUCCUGAGAAGCCCCGUGUUGCUGCUGUGAUAGAUGGGCUAAUAGCUUACAAAAACAAUGACCAUGGAGCUUGGGUCAGAGGAGGGGACAUCAUCAUCCAGAACUCUGGAUUUGCUGACAAUGGAAUAGGCCUGACCUUUGCCAGUGAUGGAAGCUUCCCAAAAGAUGAAGGUUCCAGCCAGGAGAUUACAAACUCUCUGUUUGUUGGUGAAAGCAAAAAUUAUGGCUUUUUAGGUGGCCAGAACAAAUACUGGGGGACUGGAGGAAUUGACAGUAAAAAUCGCACUCUGCCUAGAAAUCGGACAUUCCCUAUCAGAGGCUUUCAGAUUUAUGAUGGACCUAUUCAUCUCACUAGAUGCACAUUUAACAAUUUUGUGCCAACUUCAGAUAGAUUCACCAGUGCCAUUGGAUUUCUGUUGAAAAACACCUGGCAAAUGACACCCAAAAACAAUAUUUCCUUAGUGAAGUUUGGUAAAAAUGUUUCUCUAAAAGUCUUUUUUGGAAAACUCGGUCCUUGGUUUGAGGAUUGUGAUCUUGAUGGUGACAAGAAUUCUAUAUUCCAUGAUGUAGAUGGAUCAGUAACUGGAUACAAGGACACUUACAUUGGCAGAAUGGAUAACUACUUGAUUCAACACCCAGACUGUAUUAAUGAGACCAAGUGGAAUGGAGUUAUCUGCAGCGGGAGCUAUGCUCAGGUAUAUGUGCAGACAUGGAAUCCUCAGAGUCUCAACAUGAGUGUGGUGCGUGAUGAAUACCCUCACAACCCUAUGAUAUUGCGAGGUAUUAAUCAGAGAGCUGCUUUCCAGCAAUACCAGCCUGUUGUGAUGCUUCAGAAGGGCUAUACGGUGCAUUGGAAUGGACAUGCCCCACAAACAACUUUCUUUUACCUCAUUAACUUCAACAAGAAUGACUGGAUUCGGGUAGGCAUCUGUUACCCACCAGAUACCUCUUUUCAAGUUACCUUUGAUGUAUUCCAAAGGCAGGCAUCCGCUUACUAUAGUGUGGAAGACUACGUACCUGUUUCUUCAAUGGCAGAAUUGCAGAAGAGGCAAACAGAGAAAACUUUCUACUUCGAUAACAGCACUGGGCUGCUGUUUCUGUUUCUUCGUGCCAAAUAUCACAGGGAUGGCCAUAGUUACUGUUCAUCUCAGGGAUGUGAAAGAGUCAAGAUUCAGGCUAACUUCCGAUCAACAGCUGUCAGUAACUGCUUGACAAACACUUAUCCAAAGUAUGCCCAGCAGCCAACUGUUGUGAAGAGAAUGCCCACAAAAGCUACAGCUUCCUGUCAAAAAUGUGGUGCAGCUCAGAUGGUAUUUACCAGUCAUCCUCAUAAAACCUACCUCUUUGUGGAAAUUCAGACCUUGAAUAAAGAAGAGUUGCAAAGGAAAAAAGAAUCUUCUAUUUCAGUCAAUGGCAUCAAGUUUCCAUUCAAAGAUGUCGGUAUACUCACCGUAGUUAUUGAUGCCUGUGCUGGACAAGUAACAAAAAAAACAUUUUUCCCUGAACUAGACAUCAAGAAACUAGAAGAACAUAUAAAAACUGGAAUUCCCCAAAGGUCAAUAGUUAUAUUAAGCUCCAGAGGGGACAUAAAAAAUCUUAACAUUUCCCAAGCCUUAAUGACUCUAGGAGCUGCAAAACCAGCAUAUCUUCAGGACACAGGGAGCACCAGCUUUCUGGGCUUCAAAGGAAGCUUUAAACCAUCUUGGAUAAAGCUCUUUACUAGUCCUGCAGGACAGGGCCUAGGUCAGAUAGAGAAGUAUAUCCCUUUACAAAUGGAAGAAUAUGGUUGCACCGGAGGGAAUGCUGGCCGACGGAAAGAUUUGGAACUUUUAAAGCAGGCUAUAAGAGCACAGUAAAAAUUAAGGUGCGGGUGAGCACUGAAGACAAUGUGAACUAACUUAUUUAUUUUAUGGGAUUUGAAAAUGUACUAUUAUCCCAAGUACAUCACUUUUGCUGUUUGGUUGGAUGUACGCCUACAUGGAUGCUUGAAUGCCAGU